AUGACUAGGAAGGGUGCCAAGUGCCGAGCUGCGCUCGCGGCGGCGGUCGCUGCGGUCGUGACGGGCUGCUGCAUGGCGCAGGACCCCGGCUCGACGCUCGUGUCCGAGAUGGGCAGCGUGCUCAGCAACUUCGCGAACGCGGACGUGACCGGCGAGCUCGCGGGCCUGCUCGGGAAUUUCGACAUUGGCAAGGGGAUCGGUCCGCUGCGGUCGAAGCUGUUUGGGGUCUCCAAUGCCAAGCUGGGCGGCGCCGGGACGGUGAUCCCCGGCACCGCGAUGCAGAUGCCGACGCUCGACCUCGGGGGCUUCAAGGCGAACCUCCCGCUGCUCGACAUCUCGGCUGCGAUGGCCACCGCGGCGGACUUCGCGUCCGACUACUGCACGCCCUUCACGUACUUGGAGCCGGAGAAGAUCGACGCGAAGAUCACGGGCCCGUCCCUGAACAUCGUGGCCUCGACCGGCACGUGCCGCGUGGACGUCAGCGGCGACGACGGCAUCGAGUCCGACCUGACGUGCGUCGGGCCGUCCGUCGUCGCGACCAAGGUACCCCCGAUCUUCACGCACAAGCACAAGUCGGCCGCGUGCCUCAUCACGCCGGAGUGCACCUCCACGCAGCAGUUCGGCAACACUGUCGAGGUCGAGCUCUUCGGGAAGGCCGGCGAGACGUUCUCGUUCCCGCUCGCGGACCUGCGCGACCGCGGCGGCUUCAAGGAGGUGAUGCGCAAGAUGCUGUCGGGCAUCGUCGAGCCCUCGAAGCUGUCGCUCUUUGUGGACAAGUUCUCAAUCGAGGAUAUUCCGGGCACUGGAAUCGACGCGGGCUUCCGACUGAACCUGGCCGACAUGUUCCCGGGCUUCGGCGGGAGCUUCGAGGGGGCGUUCGCGUCCGCGUUCGCGUCGGGGUCCCCCUGA